GUUAUUGCCUCUGACAUUACAGGUGCAAGGUGCCAGUACAUGCUCCUUCGUCUCCUUGCUAGCUAAUGCUUGCAGAAAUGUGACUCCCUGUGCUGAUAUUGUGCAGUGGCUUAUGAAGAACCUCAGCAUUGAGGAUCCAGGGGAAGCAAUACACUUGGGAAGUCUUAUUGCCGCACAGGGUUAUGUCUUUCCAAUCUCAGAUCAUGUCCUUACCCUGAAAGAUGAUGGGACAUUCUAUCGUUUUCAGGCACCAUACUUUUGGCCUUCAAACUGCUGGGAACCAGAAAACACAGAUUAUGCCAUCUAUCUUUGCAAACGGACCAUGCAGAACAAAGCUAGGCUGGAGCUGGCGGAUUAUGAAGCCGAAAACUUAGCAAGACUUCAGAGAGCAUUUGCAAGAAAGUGGGAAUUUAUCUUCAUGCAAGCUGAGGCCCAAGUGAAAAUCGACAGGAAAAAGGAUAAAACAGAAAGAAAGAUUUUGGACAGCCAGGAAAGAGCAUUCUGGGAUGUGCACAGGCCUGUGCCGGGCUGUGUGAACACCACGGAAAUGGACAUUAGAAAGUGUCGUCGUAUGAAAAACCCACAGAAGGUGAAAAAGUCAGUGUACGGGGUGACAGAAGAAUCUCAGCCCCAAAGCCCUGUGCACGUGCCCUCCCAACCUGUACGCAAAACUACAAAAGAGGAUUUCCGGAAACAAAUAACUUUUCUGAACGUGCAGAUAGAGAGACAUUGUUUAAAGAUGUCCAAAGUAGCAGAAAGUUUAAUAGCCUACACAGAGCAGUAUGUGGAAUAUGACCCCUUUAUAACUCCUGCUGAGCCUUCCAAUCCCUGGAUAAGUGAUGAUGCAGCAUUGUGGGACAUUGAAAUGAGCAAAGAACCUAGUCAGCAGCGUGUGAAAAGAUGGGGUUUCUCCAUGGAUGAGGUGCUGAAGGACCCAGUAGGACGAGACCAGUUCCUUCGUUUCCUGGAAUCGGAAUUUAGCUCAGAAAAUCUCAG